UGGAAUAACAACAUCCGUUGGAACUGUCUGUCCGAAGUUGAGGUGUGCCACCUCCAGGAGCCAGCAGAUUGGCAGCAGCAGCAGGAGCAGAGCCAACGAAAAGCAUCCUACGUCUUCUGGAAGGACGCUGCUCCCAUGCUAGAGCCACGUAAAGGCCUCGCGGCGGCUGCAUUCCGGGACAACAUUUUCAUUGCCGGAGGCAGCAAUAAGCAGGGCUACUUGAGCACAGUUGAUGUCUUCACCCUGCCCGACAACCAGCGACCAUUAGGAGAGUGGACGCGCCUCGAUACCUGGGACACCAAAAGGCCAACUACGGGUCUCGUCGUCUGUGCAGACAGACUCUUUUCUUUCGAGGGAGCGCUUGUGGUCUUUCCGGAAUGA